AAUACUUUUAGGUAUGUGUUUGUAUGCGCAUUGGGUUGGUGCGCAGUAACACAGCUGCACGCAUUGUAACAUUGUGUCCAUUUUACCUGACUCCAUCAGAAAGUUUUCCGUCCCUGGCUUUAAAGUUACUCAUCAUAAAACCUACCACGCUGGAUACAACAGUUGCAAAUAAUACAGACUGUUUCAUGCCAAAAUGAGCCUCGUAGGCUGCCCACAUUUGAGCAGCUUCAAGGCUUCAAAAGGCACACGACCCUACCGGAUAAUUCAGUCGUAUUUUGUGUACUGCUGUUCACCUGAAAAUAGGAAGCGAAAGGCUACAGCCUGCUUAUGCCAUAUAUGUGGCAGUCAUGGAGAACGUCUCCAUUCAUGUCUGCAUUGUGUAUUUUUUGGGUGCUAUAGUAGAAAACAUAUACAAGAUCAUGCCAAGUCAAAAAGACAUCACUUAGCUGUUGACUUAAGUUAUGGUGCUGUGAUGUGCUUUAUAUGUGGUGACUAUGUAUAUGAUAGAGAUCUUGAGUAUAUUGCCAGGGAGGUGAAAACCAAAGCUGCCAAAUCUAUAGGAAUGAAACACGCCUUGUAUUGUCCAUGGGAGCCAACCCAAAGGGAAGUGGAGUUGCUCAGAAAAAAUCCCAAACGAAGAAAAAUUACAGAAAAUUCCACAAUAGGUUUACGUGGUUUAAUUAAUUUAGGCAAUACAUGCUUUAUGAAUUGCAUAGUGCAAGCAUUGACACACACACCUUUGUUGAGAGACUUCUUCCUAUCUGAUAAGCACAAUUGUGAACAGAAACGGUCUGGUCAGUGUCUAGUUUGUGAAAUGUCAAGAUUAUUUCAAGAGUUUUAUUCAGGUUUACGUUCUGUACACAUUCCAUAUCGAUUACUUCAUCUUGUAUGGACGCAUGCAAGACAUUUAGCAGGCUAUGAACAACAAGAUGCACAUGAAUUCUUUAUAGCAGCUUUAGAUGUACUUCAUAGACAUUGUAAAGGUAUGAAUGGAAAUGCAAAUACCAAUCCAAAUCACUGUAACUGUAUUAUAGAUCAAAUUUUUACGGGGGGAUUGCAAUCGGAUGUCACAUGUCAGAAUUGCCAUGGUGUAUCAACAACAAUAGAUCCAUUUUGGGAUAUCUCAUUAGACUUAGGACCUAGCAAUAUAACUCCUACAGCAACCAGUAAUAACAGUAGUACAAGUAACUCGUCAUUGACCACAAUAUCAGACCAUGGUAAUUUGUUUAAUGGUGACAUAUCCUCAUCAUCUCUGUUAUCACAAGCUAUUGAAUCUCCUACCUCGCUUCUUGACUGCCUUAGACGAUUCACCAAGCCUGAACAUCUAGGCAGUCAUGCCAAAAUUAAGUGUUGCAAAUGUCAGAGUUAUCAAGAAUCAACUAAACAACUUACCAUGAAAAAGCUUCCAAUUGUUGCCUGUUUUCAUCUGAAGCGCUUUGAGCAUUCCAACAAGUUUCGCAAAAAAAUUUCAACGUAUAUCUCCUUUCCAAAUGAAUUAGACAUGACACCUUUCAUGUCUCCUUAUCGUAGACAAAACGGGUUAAACAACAACAUUCAAGAGAUGGACAUAUUUAGUACAAGUGAAAAUAAGUAUACAUUAUUUGCAGUAGUUAAUCACAUUGGUACAAUAGACAGUGGUCACUAUACAUGUUUUGUACGACAGCACAAAGAUCAGUGGUUUAGAUGUGAUGAUGCAGUUAUUACCAAAGUUGCACAACAAAAUGUAUUAGAUAGUGAAGGGUAUCUGCUUUUCUAUCAUAAACAAGUACUUGAGUAUGAAUGACUAGGCCAAGUUCCAGUGGUGGUUGAAGUAUAAUAACUUAAAGAAUCCACCAUGACUAUCACAACGGAUGCAAUGUUUACAGACUACGUACUCACCACGGACCUACUUAAAUCCUUUGCAGCUACUAAUUUAAUCUGAAAUUCAGACAUUUUGUUGCAAUUGGAUGGAUAGAAUUACUGGUUUACAUGGGAGUUCUCCUGUCUGUAUUUAAGUACUCAUUAAUGGUGCUGAAAUAACUGCUAGUCAACAACUAUACGAUUUUUUUUUUCCUGCAGUUUGUGCCAAUUUAUAUUUAAUUCCUUCUUUAGAUUGUUUUGUUUACAAAACAGUCUGUUUCUAUUGUAUUUAUCAUAUAAUGGUAUUGUUUACAAAUCAUGUUACCAAAAGUGGUAGUUCAA